UUCGACACAUUUGCCGUUUUUGUGAAUGUUUUGUUUACUUUUUUAAUUAUUAGCUUUAGAACAUCUUUAAAACAAUUCUUCUUUAAAAUGUCUACUUUUCAACCAAGGAAGGCGACGAGUAUAAUACAGGAUGCUGAAAGAGAACUUGAGUUGGCUCAGCUUCAAGUUGGAUCUACUUUACUUGCUGAAAAGAAACAACCUGGUACUAUCGAUGUUGGACGUGGUCAAAAAGUCGUCACUAAUGUCUAUCUCCUUGAAAUGUCAAAAAGGAAGGACUUAUAUCGUUAUGAGGUGA